AGGCUCCGUUGCCGAAGUGAAGCAUGAUAAAGGAGAUGAGUAAUUAACUGUACUUCAGUUGCGUUACGUUAUUUGCAUAUUUUGUAACUAUUUUUAACAAUUAUCGCGAGAUAAGGCAGUUAAAGGUUAAAUUUUCCGUGAUAGCCGGGAACCGCUCGUAGAUAUACUUCGUGCGCUUAGCGGUUUGGAAAUGGGCACCAUUUCCAAAGUCGUCCUUUGGAUGUUGAUCUUGAUAUCCUGUUCCGAAGGAAUCGAGUUUUCGCACUGCGUUUGGGAAAAGGGUUUCUGUAAGAGGAUACGGUGCGCCGAUGUGGACGGGACGACGCUGAACACUAAUCUAGCGCAAUUUUGGACCAAACCGCCGCCGAAAUGGGUCAACGACAAAGGUGACUGCUACACAUUGGAAAUAGUCAAAUCGAAGGUUCCCACUUUGAGCAAGUUAGACGUGGACGCGCGGUACGAGUUCGAGGAGGCGCGCUUGUCGUCCCUCCAGAUUAUGUACGUGAACGAAGAUGCCUUCGGCGCAUUUGGCAAACUGAAGCGACUGUACCUAGAUGACAAUUCCUUAUCCAACAUAAGAUUCGAUGGGGGCCUGGGCAGUUUAGAGGAACUGUCCUUGGAAGUGAAUAAUUUAGAAAGGACCCCAGAUCUUUCUGGUUUGCUCAAAUUGAAAACGUUGAAUUUGGAAUCUAACAAACUGUCAUCGAUUGAUGGACUAACCUGUAAUUUGCUUGCGCUCGAGAAGCUCACUGUCCGCUUUAACAGGCUGACCACAACCGGGAGCUGCUUGGGUUACAAUAGAAAUUUAAGCAUUCUGCACUUGGGUUACAACCGAAUUUCAGCGCUUACAAAAGACGGGUUCGCUAACCUAACCUCUCUUCAAGUACUUGAUUUGGAUCACAAUGAGAUUUCGACCAUUGAGCAUGGUACUUUCGACGGGCUCACUUCUUUGAAAUCCCUCUAUUUGCAGCACAAUAAGCUAGUGCACUUGGAGGUGGACGUCUUCAGUGGAUUGCCUCAACUGACGCUCCUCUCCAUAGCUCACAAUCUAAUAGAGAGCUUCGAACCGGGAUUGUUCGCAAAUCUAAGCAGAGUAUUGAACAUUUAUUUGCGGAACAACCCUGUAUCCAUGUUCAAAACUGGCACCUUUCGAGGUUUAGAAUCCAUAUAUUCUCUCGAUCUAGAUUCCAUGCCCGUAAAAGAAAUCAAACCCAAAGCCUUUGCAGGUUUACACUACGCAAACUUACUUACGCUUUCUAACUGCAACAUCACCAAGAUUCAUCCGCAUGCCUUUGAAGAUUUACCAGAAGCGGUAGUUCUUCGCUUGGAUUCAAACCAAUUUCAACUUGCAUCUAAUAUGUUUGUCGGUUUAAGGAAGCUGACUAACCUAGCGCUGCAUGGUAACGUCUUCACUGUGAUACCACCUCACGGAUUUAACGGCCUCGGCGAACUACGCAACUUAAGGUUGCAGAAUUUGGGCAUAACGCGUUUAGAGCUGGAAGCGUUUAAAGGUCUGAACCAGUUGAUGUACCUGAACAUGAGCGGCAACCUUCUCGAAACCAUGCAGGAGAACUGCCUGACCGGUAUGCCCAAAUUGCAAAUUCUCGACUUGAGCCGGAACCGAAUCAAGUGGAUCUGGGGGAACGCAUUUCACGAACUCCACGGCGUCUACCAGAUCGAGCUGGUCGGAAACCAAGUGGCGCGCAUGAACCCGUACGGUUUUGACGGUCUUCGUAACUUGACGCAACUGGACCUGUCCGGUCAGAGUAUCCGCGUGAUCGCGCCUGAAGCCUUUGACGGCCUCGAACGACUGCAGAAUCUAAGCUUGCAGGGAAAUGACAUCGCUGAUCUACCGAAGGGCACCUUUGCAAUACUGAACCGUUUGGACAAGCUCGACUUAAGCAAGAACAACAUUGGCAACCUACGAUCUGGUACGUUUGGAUCUUCGAGCAUCACCGCGUUAAAUUUGAGUCAGUCCGGGCUGCAAGCGAUUGAGCCAGGUGCUUUUGGCGGCCUGGGUAUGUUGAAGUCUAUUGAUCUUGGUGGAAACAACCUGAAACGCCUUAGAAAUGGUACAUUCUCUGGGCUUGGUACGCUUAAAAGUUUGAAUUUGCGCAAUCUGAACAUUGGGAUCAUCGAAGAGGGGGCGUUUGCUGGGCUUGACGGACUGGUAAAGCUGUUCUUGAAGGAUAAUCCACUGGGUCAACUCAAGGCGCGAAGUUUUGUAGGAUUGCCCAGCUUGCAGGUUUUGAUCUUGCCGGAUGGGUUAACGGCGAUUGAGGCAAAAGCAUUUGAAGGGCUUGGUAAUGUCUCGUCGAGUAUAAUCGUGCACAAUGCGCAGUUAUCGACAGUGGAGGCUGACACCUUCAGUGGGCUAAGCAAGGUGAUGUUCCUCAUUUUCCGCAACGCUUCCAUUGGAACGAUACGGACGAACGGGUUCCGUGGGAGUAGGAGGUUGCAAGGGAUUACGUUUAGCAACUGCACGAUAAACACCAUGGAAAAUAGGGCAUUUGCCGACAUCGGGACAGUUACGUUCAUCGCCAAUGAAAACUUUAGAAAGUGCUCAAAUCGACCGGUGAUGUUGCGCAACGGUCACUACACAUUUUGCCAAAUGGGGUUGAAGGAAAUCCAAGUCGGUGCGUUCCAAGACAUUCACUUGCACACUGAAAGCGAUACCAAGGGCAUCCCGGAACUAGAACUAAACCUGAACUUCAACGAACUUACCACCAUUUACACAAAUACCUUCAUCGGAAUGGAGCACAUCGAGGAACUCUCAAUAAAUGACAACGAACUAGUUACGAUCGAGGAAAAUGCGUUUUCUACACUGUCUGCCUUGAAGCGUCUAAAUUUAGCCAACAACUACAUCCAAAACCUCAAGGACGCUUUUCUUGGAUUGGGCAAAUUGGAAACGCUAAACUUGGACAACAACAACAUAUCGUCUUUACACGCAAAUUUAUUCACCCCACUCACGGAGCUGCGCUUCUUGAACCUGGGGAGCAACUACCUAACCGAGCUAGCAGCUGGAGACUUUCCAAAAAUUCCGCUCCGCACCCUCGAUCUUGGGAACAACAACAUUAGCGACAUUGCGAAUGGCACUUUCGACCAGAUCACCACCCUGGACACCCUGAACAUUUCCUUCAACAGCUUGGAAAGGUUCGACAUCGGCGCGCUCUCGCCGUUGCAAAAACUGAAAACCUUCCUCGUCGGCGUCAACAACUUGCGCGAGUUCGACGCCCUCCGACUUGUCAACACCGUUCCUAAACUGGAACUGAUCGAUCUCAAUGACAACGAGAUACCUUGCAACGAUCUUCCUCACAUUCUCACCGUUUUCAAAACGCACCGUUUGGAGUACAUCACCAACACGGAAACGACGUCGGUCGGAAACUUCGACAGAGUCGCCUGUACGCCCAGCGAAAGUCCCCAAAUGCUCAACGCCUCAAUCUACAAGAGCGUGCUGAGGAAAAUCCACGGGAAACUGGACUCGGUCCUUGAUUCCCUGAGGACCCCAUCGGAGGGACCUACCGACACGAACUCGAACGCGAUUCAAAGUAAGAUCGACAGUCUAUUUAGUACCCUGCAGUCGGCUGCUACAAGAAACGAGUCAGUGAGUGCCUUCCAAGUUGUACUCAUCAUAAUGUGUGUCGUUAUAUGCGUGUUUCAACUGUACAGUGUAUACAAAAGGUGUCGAAAUACCAAUCGUUCCUAAUUCGAAAUCCAUAUUGCAUAUUUAUAAUACUAAUAAAGUGAUAUUAUUUAAAAGCAAAAUUUGAAGUUUCUGGGUAUCUCCGCUUUCUUGUCUUUCUCAAGAAAUAAUUACUAAACCAGAAAUUACCACUAUGAAAGCAUGAAGACAUUGAAUAAACUGGAAACAUUCAAAACAUAGCUACUUGUUUUGUGUUUGUGGGUAUUAUCGAAUUGUUAUUUGUAAAGUAACACUUAUCGCCGUGAGAAGACAGUCAGAAUAGUGUAACCGGACUAGUUACAACAUCUAAGGGUGUGAUUGAUCGUGAAUGUCAACUGUAGACUUGGAUAUUCCGAACGAGGGACAAGUUAUCCAUCCCGAGGGUGAGACCCUGCUAACGAAACUUGUGUGGUUUAUCUGUGUGCUAUGAGUAGCGAUUCACUAGUUUUCACAUGUGAUGGUGAAGUUGGAUUGGACCACCAGAGUCACGUACCUUACCUGCAGGCAACUUUGUGUAUACGCAUAUACUGUUUCUUUUAAAAUCAAUGCUACAAAGUACUGCGCGAACAAACUUUUCUUUGGAUUUAUCAAUCAUGUUUUUUCCUUCGCAGUUGCUCUUUUUCGAGAGUACGGCACAUUUUUAGCUUCAUUUGCUUUGCUUUUAAACAUUGACGUACAUCGACUUCCCGGAUUUUCUAAACUUCAUAAUAAUUAUUGCUCUUCUAGUAUAAAAAUAUUCACGUCAGUCACGUAGGUUAGCCGCUCACUGUAAAACUUAUGUCUCUUUCUUCGCAUGGGCUAGAUAGAAAUGAAAACAUAACAGCAUAACUUGUGUACACCAGACAGGCGACUAGUUUUGCAGUGCACGGCUACCUGCGAUGAUUGAGGUGACUGUUUUUAUACUAGAAGAGCAAUAAUACAUUUGACCGUUUCAGUGUCUUCUUUUGCGUUCCUUUGCCUCCAGGUCAUAGCGCCAGAUCCAGUUCUUUUAAAGGGUGGUCACUUUUAAACGUUGCCGGAUGAUUUUAUUUCUGUGUUACUCUAGUGUGAAGUUAGUGUAGAAUCUAGAAAAAUUGAAUAUACUGUAGAUACAUAAUAAAAGGAAAGGACUAAAAAUACCGAACAAAACACCAAAAAUGCCGUCGAUUGUAACGAGGGGCCGAUAGGCGUUUCAAAGAUUUUUGUUCGACUUUGAAUUUCGUUCAACAUUAAAGAUAUACCGCUUCAUAGUAAGCUUGAGCUAAAGUAUGUCUGGAGAUAAGAGCCGAAAUAAUCAGCUUGGCUUCGAUAGCAAGCACGGUGAGCGACUCGCUAUUUAGUGUCGAGCGAAUAAACAUAC